CUUAGCGUGUCCAAUUACAACAUUAACCUCACCUCACUUGCAUUUCCACUUUUUGAAGCUACUCAACUAACUCCUACAUUCACAACCACCACCUCCAGCAUUCUUCCCUUUCAUUAAAAAACAAAAUACAAAAACAAAAUCUCACUUCAUAAAACUCCAACCUUCCAUUUUGUCUAUGAAUGUUCUGUUCUAGUGCUAUAAAAAUAAGCUUGUUAUGCCUAUACAUAAAAUGCACCUUAUUUGUGUUGAACUUAUGUUUAUGUUAGUGUGAUUAUGUUAACAUAGGUUAUUGCUUCCUUCCACUCUACUUUACUUUUACAAUGGAUAUUUGGGAUAGUUGGUUGGUUUUGCAAUUAAUGCAGUUACUGGGUAUGUUCAGUUUUUGGAUCUCAUUUUCCAAGUUUACAACUUUAUUCUCCAAGAGUUACAAAAUUAUCAAAGGUAACUGCAAUGCAUGGAUCUUAGUUUCUUUCAAUUUGUUGGUCACAACUGGGUCUUUGAUAUCAUUCAUGUUAGUCCUUUCAUGGGGAUAUUCAUAUGCAUUUCCCACUACUCACAAAGUUAUUCAGAGUUAUGAAAUUAAUCCUAGCACUAAUUAUAGUUCUAAUUCACUAGUUAAGAGCUAUGACGAUGAGGCUUUAAAAUUCAAUGUUUCAAGGGACACCUGCCAUGUGUUUGAUGGAAGUUGGAUUCAGGAUGAUAGUUACCCUUUAUAUGAUGCUUCUCAUUGUCCAUUUAUAGAAAGAGGUUUUAAUUGUUUGGCAAAUGGACGUAAAGAUAGAGGUUUUACAAAGUGGAGAUGGAAACCAAAUAAUUGUGAUAUUCCAAGGUUUGAUGCACAUAGAAUACUCGAACUACUUCGUGGGAAAAGGGUUGUUUUUGUCGGUGAUUCGUUGAGUAGGACUCAAUGGGAGUCUUUGAUAUGUUUGCUAAUGACAGGAGUUGAAGAUAAGAAGAGUGUUUAUGAAAUCAAAGGCAACAAGAUCACCAGACAGAUUAGAUUUCUAGGUGUGAGGUUUAGUACUUUUGAUGUUAGAAUCGAUUUUUAUCGUUCUGUUUUUCUGGUGAAGCCUGGUCCGGUGCCUAGUUUUGCACCGAAGAGGGUGAAGACCGCACUGAGAUUGGACAAGAUCGACGAUAUUAGCCGCGAGUGGAUUGACUCUGAUGUGCUUAUAUUCAAUUCAGGCCACUGGUGGACAAGGACUAAGCUUUCUGAUAUGGGCUGGUAUUUUCAGGUUGGUAACUCACUGAAGCUUAGAAUGCCAAUUAAUUCAGCAUUCAAAACAGCUUUGGUCACCUGGGCAUCUUGGGUAGAGAAUACAAUUGACACCAACAGAACAAGAGUAUUCUUCCGUACUUUUGAAUCAUCACAUUGGAGUGGACAUAACCGUAAGGCUUGCAAGGUGACUAGAAACCCUUGGAAGAGAACACAUGGCAAGGACAGAAGCCCAAUUUCAGAUAUAAUCAAAAGAGUUGUAAAAAAUAUGAGUGCUCCUGUGACGAUUUUGAACGUGACACCGAUGGAUGCUUAUAGGAGUGAUGGCCAUGUUGGCCCUUGGAGUGACAAUCCAUCUGUAGCUGAUUGCAGUCAUUGGUGUUUACCUGGUGUUCCUGAUAUGUGGAACGAAAUUCUCUUCUCAAAUUUGCUACAAAAAGAUGGAGCAUGUUAACAUUGUAUUCGGUAACAAUGUAACAUUACUAUGUUAGUCAUUAUACUAUGUCACAUCAUUAACUCCAUUAGCUUUUGAAAGUGAAAGCUUAAUGGAGAAACCAAUGUAUAUAAAUAAUACCAGCACUGAAGUGUUGCUGUGCCAAUUCUUGGUGGACUGGAAUAUUAACUAUUUAAAUGUUAACAUUUCUUUCUUUUUUCAUUGACAUUUUGUAAAUCUGGCUUAGCUUUGGCCUGUUAUUAAUUAUUGUGACUCUGAUACCUCCUAUGUUGGUGGUGUCUUGAAGUUGUUUCACAAAGUUUCAGGUCUUUGAUUAUAGAAAUUGAAGUUAGAUGUGGA